AGCAUUUUCACAAAAAUCGAAGAUUCGAUUUCAAUCGAGAGGAGAGAAGAAUCUCGAGCUUCGGCUAUGGCGACUGGGGCAGCUGGAGAUGGAUUAAUCUGGGGGAUGUUCGAAGGCUGCAUUUCCGGCGGAGAUAUGGGCAUCCAGCGCCGCCCCUACCACAAAAACUGCACCUGCGCACUCCACAACUCCGGCGCCCACUGCUCCCACACCUCCCGCCACAAAAACAUCUCCUACCCCAUCCGCCGCUCCUGGAGCGAAGGAUCUCUCGCCCUGAUCGGAAACUCCUCGCCGUCACCCUCCUCCUCCCCUGCUACGGCGGCGGCGGGAGGGUUGAAGAGGACGCCGACGCAGUUGGUGCUGUGCAAGGAGGAGGAGGACGGAUCUUCACUUAAUUAGGUCGGAUUUUUUUAAUUUUAAUUUUUUUUUUUUAAAUAAUUGAAUUUUUAGGAAAUAAGUUAUCGAUGUUUCUGGUUACUAAUUAAUUGUUGUAAAAAGUAAUUAGUCGGUAAAUCUAAGGGCCUGUUUGUUUGAUUUUUAUUUUUUAUUUCCUUGAAAUACAAUGCAUGGUGUUGUCAUCUGUAUUCAGUGACUGUUAGAUCUAUACAAUUUGCAUGUUUGUGU